AUCUUGUCAGUUGUCACAAAUUUUGCCAUUUCUUUUUAUUCUCUCUCAAAAGUGCAAUGGCGCCUACGGCUGAGAGGAAGGCAAAAACCGUCAAGGGACUGCCAGCAGUACCCGAAUCUGUUCUAAAACACCGCAAAAGGCGUGAGGCAUCUCGUGCUAAACAAACUCAAAAUGCUAUCAAAAGGAAAUCAGAUCACAUCAAGAAACGCAAAGAUAUCUUCAAGAGAGCAGAACAAUAUGUUAAGGAAUACAGGUUGAAGGAAAGGGAUGAAAUUAGGUUGAUUCGUCAAGCUAAAACUAGAGGAAACUUUUAUGUUCCUGGGGAAGCUCAGUUAGCUUUUGUCAUGCGAAUCAAGGGUAUCAACAAAGUUGCACCCAAAGUUAGGAAAGUUCUUCAGUUAUUCCGGCUUUUACAAAUCAACAAUGGUGUUUUUGUUAGACUUAACAAAGCAACAAUCAAUAUGUUGAGAAUUUGUGAACCAUACAUUACCUGGGGAUACCCUAACCUCAAAUCUGUUAGAGAACUCAUCUACAAAAGAGGAUUUGCAAAAGUAAACGGACAACGUAUUCCAAUAACUAGCAAUCAGAUCAUUGAGGAUAGAUUGGGAAGAGCUGGCAUCAUUUGUGUUGAGGAUUUGAUUCAUGAGAUCUUCACUGUUGGUCCUAAGUUCAAAUAUGCCUCAAACUUCCUAUGGCCCUUCAAGCUGAACACGCCCACUGGGGGCUGGCGAAAGAAGACCAACCAUUAUGUGGAGGGAGGUGACUUUGGAAACAGGGAAGACAAAAUCAAUGAACUCCUUAGGAGAAUGGUUUAAGUUAUAAUUUCUUAUUAAUAAACAUUAAGAAGUGAUGAUUUACUAA